GCCUCUCCGGCCCUCUGAAAGGAGCGGUACACCUGUGCAGGACGUCCAGGAGAGGAGCCAGUACACCUGUGCAAGACUGAAGGGGAGGAUCCGGAGCCGUUACACCUGUGCAAGACUGAAGGGGAGGAGCCGUUACACCUGUGCAAGACUAAAGGGGAGGAGUCGGUACACCUGUGGAAGACUGAAGGGGAGGAGCGGUACACCUGUGGAAGACUGAAGGGGAGGAGCCGGUACACCUGUGGAAGACUGAAGGGGAGGAGCCGGUACACCUGUGCAAGGAUGAAGGGGAGCAGCCGGUACACCUGUGCAAGGAUGAAGGGGAGGAGCCGGUACACCUGUGCAAGAUGAAGGGGAGGAGCCGGUACACCUGUGUAAGACUGAAGGGGAGGAGCCGGUACACCUGUGCAAGACUGAAGGGGAGGAGCCGGUACACCUGUGCAAGACUGAAGGGGAGGAGCCGGUACACCUGUGCAAGACUGAAGGGGAGGAGCCGGUACACCUGUGCAAGGAUGAAGGGGAGGAGCCGGUACACCUGUGCAAGGAUGAAGGGGAGGAGCCGGUACACCUGUGCAAGA